GCGGGCAAGGAGGGAGAGCAGCGGCGAUGGGGAGCGGGCGCUGGACCGGCGACGCGCAAUGCCGUGAUUGACGGGACACACGGAGAAGGUGGAUGGUUGCGGCUUGCCAGGUUAUUUGAUGGUUGCAAGGAAGCCGGCCGGGGAGUGCGGCUAAUGCGGAAUGCAAUGGACUGAGCAGGAAGGGCGAACGGAAAGCUUUAAGGUGCGCUAAGGUUACUGCGGGUGCGUUGCCCUGGGAUUCCCGCCGCAUUUGUUGCCUCUCUCGGGGUAAACGGGGUCUCGGAGCCUCGGAAGAAUCGCAUGAGUCAAGGACAAGCGUCAAAGCGCAGAAAGCACCAGUUUUCCGGGCAAAGAGAGAAAAGUGAUAGGCGGGUUGGGGUGAAAAAUAAUAAUAAUAAUAAAAGAGGAUAAUUAAAAACCUUACCCUCCCAGACAGAAAGAACUUCGGUUGAAGAAAAAGGUUGGGGACUUCCAGGAAGCGUUGAUCGAAUUAAUUGGGUCCCCAAAAAGGUGAUGGGGGGAAAAAAUUAACCGGGAAGGUUUGGAAGGCUUCUGGGAAGGUUGAGAGUUAAACUUGUUGAAAGUCCUAUCUUCAAAGAAUAGUUAUAUUAAUAAAACAAAAGAAAACCGCAGGAAAAACAAAACCUGGCUUGAAGAUUAUUGGUGGAUGAAGAUUUGAGUUUACUUCUUCGGGAGCAGAGAAAUGUUUCAUUGGAAAGCCGGCAGUGCCAAGAAUCUAAGAAAUUUGGGGCUGCAAGUGUUUCUUUGCCUUUUUUCAAGAGCAGAAGACAGUCCCUGGGUUCAUCUGUUUUUUUAACAGCAAAAAAAAAAAAGGAUUCAAACCAAUUUUCUGAGUGGAAGAAAGGCAGAUUCUCCAUGAAGGAUCUUUUAAGGAUCUAGUAUCCCGUGAGACUUUUAUCUGUUACUUGUUGGAUUGUCUGCUGGUCCCCUAGAGGUGUGUGAUAAGGGAAUAGGGCUGUGCCCGGUCAAAUCAGAUAGCAGAACAAAAGAAGAACCCAAUUCAGUCACAAACUGGAAGGGCAAGUUGAUAAAAUGACACAGUUUUUUUUUUUUUAAUCCUCGGGGAAAGAUAGGGCAGCCAUUGAAGAUUGAAAAAGAAAAACACCAGGAAGUUGGUAAAGGGGGAGGGGGGGGGGAACCAAUAAGCAAACUCAGGCUGUUUACCCAGCCUGAAAUAAAUAUGGACUGAAGAUUAUAAGAUAAUAAAAGGCUGGAGUGGCUCAGAUUCAGAACCACACCAAAUUGCUGGAACUGAAGAAGCCGCCAAACCAACUCUAACAAGAAAAAAACGGUGGCAUGGUGAAUUUCAAAGCUAGGGUAUAUCCAAAAAUGGGGAGAGAAAUUGGACCCUUAGAAAUUGCCGCCUGCAGCAUUCUAGGCUCUCUUUCUGAGGCCUGAACUCUCCAAUUGUUUCUCUCCAAUAAAUUUUAAUUCCCCCUUGUGUCUGAAUAAUUCACUUUCUGGAUUGCCGUAUUGAUCCAAUUUAUUUCCUUUCUAAAUAAGGAUUUGGUGGGUUCUGCAUGAACCCAUGCAGGCCAAGAAAAAAUACCUGUUCGUGACUCUCUUGGCCACCUGGCUUCUGCUUGUUUUGUUUGGAGGAGACCAAAUAAGACGCUUCCCCUUUUUCUCCAACAAAAAAGCGGAAGUCUUAAAAACCUGGCCUCGGUGGGCUGACGAGGUUCUUCUCAAGAACUUUGCAGGUUCUGAGGAGCUCCAGAGCACUGAAAGGGGCCACAGCGAUGAAUCUCCCCAAAGCCGGCAGCAGUUGAAGCUGAGUCUUUACAAGAACAGCAGGUGCCGUAUGGAGACUUGCUUUGAUUUUUCUAAAUGUAGGCAACACGGGUUCAAAGUCUUUGUUUACCCCCUGGAAGGAGGGGAUCAUGUAUCCAAAAGUUACCUCAAAAUCAUCAGCUCCAUUGAAGAGUCACGUUAUUACACCUCCAAUCCUGAGGAGGCCUGCCUGUUUGUUCUAAACAUUGACACGUUGGAUAGAGACCAUCUCUCCAUACAAUAUGUCCAUAACAUCAACGAGAAAAUCCAAGGUUUCCAGCUUUGGAACAAUGGACAAAACCAUCUCAUAUUUAACCUGUAUUCUGGCACGUGGCCUAAUUAUACCGAAGACUUGGGCUUUGACAUUGGACAGGCUAUCCUGGCCAAAGCCAGUUUUUAUGUCGAGAACUUUCGGCCUGGUUUUGAUAUCUCCAUCCCUUUGUUUUCGAAGGAGCAUCCUCAGAAAGGUGGGGAAAGAGGCUGGUUAUACAAGACUUCUCUCCCACCCAAGAAAAAGUAUCUCUUGGUUUUUAAAGGGAAGAGAUACCUGACCGGCAUUGGUUCUGACACCAGGAAUGCUCUCCGCCACAUCCAUAAUGGUAAAGAUAUUAUUUCUCUGGCCACAUGUAAACACGGGAAAGACUGGGAGAAGCACAAGGACAAACGUUGUGACAAAGAUAAUAUCGAGUAUGAAAAGUUUGAUUAUCAGGAGCUUUUGCACAACUCUACCUUUUGUAUCAUCCCCCGAGGGAGACGUUUAGGAUCCUUCCGGUUCCUAGAAGCUUUGCAGGCUGCCUGCAUCCCGGUCCUGCUCAGCAAUGGGUGGGAGCUGCCUUUUUCAGAGGUGAUUGAUUGGAGUAAAUCAUCCAUCGUCGGAGACGAGCGGCUUCUUCUGCAGAUUCCAUCUACGGUCCGAUGUCUGAACAGUGACAAAAUCCUGACCUUCCAGCAGCAAACCCAGUUUUUAUGGGAAACGUAUUUUUCUUCUGUGGAGAAGAUCGUUCAAACCACUCUUGAGAUAAUAAAAGAUCGGAUAUUUCAUCAGGAAUCACGCCCAAAGUUCUUCUGGAACACACUUCCUGGAGGGUUGGUGGCCUUACCAGAAUACUCUACUCAUUUGAACGACUUCCCUUUCUAUUAUCCUCAGCAAGGAUCCAGCCCCUCCAAGAAGUUUACAGCGUUAAUCUGGGCCGUCUCACCAAUUGUCUCCCUUUCUCAGCCCAUCCUCAAACUCACCCAAGCUGUCUCCAGAUCCCAAUACUGCGCCAAGAUUUUAGUUUUGUGGAGCUGUGAGAAGCCACCUCCACAGAAGUGGCCACCGACCACAGUUCCCUUGACUGUCAUUUUAAGCAGCAACAAGGUCAGCGAACGGUUUUUGCCUUAUUCUGCUCUUGGGACGGAUGCCGUGUUGAGCCUUGAUGAAUAUACCAGCCUUUCAACCAGCGAGGUUGACUUUGCCUUUGUGGUAUGGAGAAAGUUCCCCGACCGGAUUGUAGGCUUCCCAAUGCGCAGCCAUUUUUGGGAUACGGGCAAGAACCAGUGGAUCUACACUUCAAAAUGGACCAAUGAGUUCUCUAUGGUUCUCACGGCAGCGGCAUUCUAUCACAGGUAUUAUCACAGUCUCUUCAGCAACUAUUUGCCUGCCAAGCUAAGGAACUUUGUCGACCAGAUUGCCAACUGUGAGGACAUAUUGAUGAACUUUCUGGUUUCUGCUAUAACCAAAUUGCCCCCCAUCAAAGUGACCCAGAAGAAACAUCUCAGGGAGAGCCCACCUCAGCAGCUCCUGAAGAGUGUGCCCCCAUCCAACAGCAGCCUCCAUUUCGCUCAACGCCAGGAGUGCGUCAACCGCUUUGCUGCCUGGUUUGGCUACAUGCCUCUGGUGCAUUCGCAGUUCCGCUUGGACCCAGUGCUUUUCAAGGAUCAGGUAUCUGUGCUACGGAAAAAGUACCGGCAACUGGAGAGGGACUAGCUCUGGGGGAGAAAGCCCACCGCUGCUCUCUGGGAAGGAAGACGCUUGGAGAAGAAGACAUCAACCACGCUGGACUCACUGCUUGCUGUAGGCCAUUGGCGCUAUGGCCGGAUUUGGGGUUGGGUUCACUGCAUCAAUGCCCUUUGAACUUUGGAUACUAAAAAAAAAAAAAGGAAACACUCACUGGUAGCCAGGGGUGGUGCCAGAGAAAUGUUCAGUCUUUAUUGGGUUUUACCAGUAUCAAUAAAGUUUUGCA